AUGACUUGUGUUUGUUUCAGGAUGUACACAGAAGAGGAAGCUAGGAAGUUAGGAGUGGUUGGCUGGGUUAAAAAUACCAGUCAAGGAACUGUAACGGGCCAAGUUCAGGGCCCAGAAGAUAAAGUCAAUGCAAUGAAAUCCUGGCUGAGUAAAAUUGGAAGCCCAAGUUCUCGCAUAGACCGAACAAAUUUUUCUAAUGAAAAGGAGAUUUCCAAGCUUGACUUCUCAGGAUUUAGCACUAGAUACUAG